CGUGAAAAAAGGAACCAAAUCCUAGGCCUGCGCACAGGAAGAUCAUGGUUAAGAUUGAGAACGGCUGACUUUUAAAGGGAGACAACUCUGUUCCCCUCGCAACCGACCGACGCGAACUGGCUGGUGAAAAUGGACUGGGAGUCGGAUGACGAGCAAGCACGGCCGUUUGAUUGUGAAAAGUAUGAUACAGCGACUUCUGAUUCUGCUGGAGCAUCUACUCCAACCCACGUAAUUGUGCAAAGGCAGCUUAAUGACGUCAUUCUUUCACAGAGAGCUGCUGUAGAGCGCAUAAAAAAUGAUACCACAAUCUGUCUUAAGGAGAAGUUCAUUCCCAGAGAAUUGUACAAUGAGACCGUGAGAAAUUUUGAGGCAGAAAAGCGUGACAAGUUUGUGUCAAGAGAAGAUUAUAAAAACAUAAAAAGACAGCUUCAGGAGCAACAGUUGGACAAUGCCAAAACAAAAGCCGCACUUCAAGAUGUCACAGAAAAACUAGAGUUUGCUCAAGGCAAGAUAGAAAUGUUGACCAAGCAAAUAGAGAGAGAGAAGGCAGCUUAUCAAAAAUCGUUCAGUUUACUUAAAGUGAAGACCAUCAAAGAAUCUACCAAAAAUGUGGCAUUAGAAACCAAAUGUUCAGAAGUGGAGAAAAAGAAGAAACAGCAAGAAAAUAUUCUGGAAUCGAAGGAUAAAGAGAUCGAAAGUUUGGAGAAAAGACUAAAAGCGCAGGAUGAUAUUUAUAAAAAACAGCUUGGGGAGAUGAGUGUAAAGCUACAGCAAGAACUGUACAUUGCCAAGACUUUAGACGAUAAAGGCUCAUCUAGAGGGGGUAAAAGCUCCAAGUCUGUUCCCAGUUCCAAGUCAAGAAAAUUGUGAUGACGCGAAGUACAUUGAUUAGAGCAGAAUGUUUCAUAAAUGCCGUAAAGCAGCAAGUUAAGGCGACUUUAAAAUGCUGCUUAAGUCUCUUAUAUUAAAGUAAUCAUUUAGUGAUCCCUAAAUGAAUUGGCUGGGCAUAGAAGACGUGUGGAAAAUGAUGCCCUUUAUUGUCACAUCCAGGACAUACGAACAAUAAUUCUGCUUUGACUGUCUUUUUCAUCGGUUAAAAAUCAACAUUUAUGCAAUUUUUGAAGUGAAAAAUUUCCAGUAUUAAAGGUAUUUCUCUCAAUAGCUUGAAUUGAAUAAACAGAUAACGUGUUUAUAAAUGAAAUGCAUGAUUGUAAAAAAAUAUAGUUAUGUUGGAAUGCUAGUUUAGUUACGAAUGAAUUUAAAUAACAGGAGGUACACACACAAAUUAUACAAACAUUUAAAAUCGGCAGAACACAGAAAAUUAGUGGAUUUGCUUAUUCAUGUUCUUUUUUUUUUGUACUGAUACCUGUGAUAUUCAAGCUUGAAUGUACCUAUCAAUUAUAUAUACCACUCAUACUGUAUUUGUAAAAUUCCACAAGAUCUGCUGCCAUGGUUUAACAUUGCAUAAAGUAUUCAGGUUCAUACAUUCUUUGACUUUAGCAUUACUUUGGGAUGAAAGUUUUGAUGAAAUGUGAAGCAGAUGUAUGUAGCCAUGAUAAAUU